AUGAGUACCAGCUACCAGCCGGCUGCGUACACCUCUAGGCUCUCCCCCGGAACUCCUCGGUCCAAGGGCUCCAGUGUGACCCUUAGCAGCACCAUUGGGGGUGGCAUCACCUGGAGCAGCCCGGACGACAGUGCCCCGGCCCACAACUCGUUCCCCGCCGACCCCCAGAAUCAUCCCCGUCAGAAGAGCUUGAAGGAUCUGCGGAGUCUGCAGGAGUGUGUUCAGUUCAUCCAAGACUGGAAGCUGCAGGUGGACCGGGUGUGCAAGGGCGACGGUGACGACCCAGAUGAAGGAACCAGCGUUAGAGGGAAGACGAGCUCCGACCGCCGAACCGAGCGCAGCCUGGAGGAAAGCAGGAAACUGAUCCUUGAGUGGGCCAACGAACUCCGACAUGUCGAUAAGCUGCUGAAAGACAGUCCGUGGGAAUCUGAGGCCGAGAAGGUGGAGAGCAAAGACAGCAGCGACGCGGCUCAGCUGAGGAUCAUGGAAUGGGCGAAAGAGCUGCAGGAGAUAUUAGAGAAAUGUGGCGUGCAUAGCAAUGAGUUGGGGAAAGUUCUGCGUUACCUGGGCCUGAAGAAACAACGUUUGGCCAAAAUACUGCCGCUGGUGGAGUUCAUCACCUGGUCUCUGCUCAAACAGGACAGCACGAAGCUGAUUCCACAGUUGUGGUUACUGGCAAAACAAAAGACCUGGAAAGCAGGAAUUCCACGAUACAUCCCCAGCUCAGUCUGGAGUUGGAUCUGCAGCGCAGCAGAUGACGUGGUUCUGGACCCGAUGACCAACCACCCGUGGCUGCAGCUGUCCGACGACCAGCGCCGGGUCCAGGAGGCCAUGUGUGAGUCUGACCCGCCGUACAGCUCACAGCGCUUCGACACCUGGACCUGUGUCCUGGGCUGGGAGGGCUACAACAGCGGGCGCCACUACUGGGAGGUGGACAUCGCCAACAACGGCUACUGGCGUGUGGGUGUGACCACGGCGGACUCCAAGAGGCACGGCCGCUUCCCCAUGACCCCCCGGCAGGGCUACUGGGUCCUGUGGCGAAGCACGCACCAGUUCUACGCCUGCACCAAGCCUGAGAUGCCGCUGCCCACCAGCCUCAUUCCACGACGCGUUGGGAUCUACUUAGACUACGAGGAAGGCCAAAUCUCCUUCUACAACGCAGAAACCAGGUCCCACAUCUUCACCUUCAACGGGAGCUUCAGAGGGAAGCUGUACCCGCUGUUCGCGCCGCUGGACGGUCGCACGCUUAUGACCAUCACACCACAGCCUCAGAAAACAGCGACUGCACUGUUGGAGAUGUUUUAGAUCCGUCUGUACAGGGUGAUCAGGAUGUAAUGUGGCACAGUCAUGUACCUUUAUUAGCUGAUGAAUACGAUAUACUGAAGCUGCUCAACUAUUCACCAUCUAUACGUAUAACUCUGAAAAAGUCAACCCAGUUUAUGACACUAAACCAAACUAUGUUAAGGUUAAAACUAAUUCACUGGUUUGUGAAUAAUGAUGAAAAAUAUCAGCUAGAAUAAGAUGAGUAUAUACAUAAAAACAGAGAGAAAAGAUGUAAACAGUUGUGGAAAAAAGUUUUUGGACACCCUUCAAAUCUCAAAUAUCAUACUUUUUUGUGUUUCUAAAGGUGUGG